CAAAGCGAAGAUUUUUUUUUGGAGCAGUCUCGAGGCCCUUUGCUUUUUCCCCUUGCGGAUUAGAUGGGUUCGUCUUCAUCACCCAUCGCUUCAGCACCCAAUUUUUCGUCAAUCCCAUUUCCAAACCCCAGAAUCAGAAUUCACGUCUCCUACCAAUACAAUCAGAAAUUUCAAGUCACUAAUAAAAAGUUGUUCUCAAACGCGGCAGCGGUGUUAGUUGCAGCACCAACAAGACCAAGAAGACUAACAAGGUUACAAGUAAAUCUCGUUAAAUGCAGCAGCAGCAGCAACGGGAAUCAGAAUGAAACGGGUAGCAGUCUCGAGGAUAUACUAUCAGGUAUGGUGGAUGAGAGAGUAGAACAACUGUUCAACAAAGAGGAGAACCGGGUUUUACUGGAUGGGUUGGAGAAAGCAACCCACAGAGUUGAAAUGGCCAAGAAACAGUUGGCUGAGAUUCAAAGACAAGAACUCGAGGCUAAGCUCCUGAGGGAUUAUGUUAACAAGCUCCAAUCCACUACUUCCCAGAUUGCAGAAUGUCAAAAAGAGAUUUUAGAUGCAAAAGCAAUGGUUGAAGAGGCAGAGCGUGCUUUAAUUGGUGGUAGUGGCGGGGAGGAAGAUUCUUUCACUGCAGGGAAAAUUCAAUCAGUUGACAGAAAUGAAGAGAGACUAGAAUCUGUAAAAGCGGCUUCAAUAUCUGCCAUAGUUGGCACCUUGGCAGGGCUGCCCUUAUCCUUAACUCGAAUAACUGCCAUCUCUGACCUAAUACUCCCUCUAGGAAUUACCUGUGUUAGCUGUGCUUUAUUUGGAGUAACCUUCCGGUAUGCAGUAAGAAGAAAUUUGGACGAUAUUCAUCUCAAGUCAGGAACAUCUGCGGCUUUUGGCGUUGUCAAAGGCCUUGCAACAUUGGGUGCCGAACCAGGUCUGGAGUUGGACACUGACAGCCUUUUGUCAACCGCCCUUGAUGGUGCAGUUUAUGUAUCUGAAAAUCUCUUGAUUUUCUUUUUGGCCGGUAUUGGUUUGGAUUUCUGCAUGAAAGUGGGGUUUCUAAGCCAAUUUCCUAUCGAUACAUCUAUUUCCAACACCAAUACAUGAACAGGCCUCUCAUAUAAUGGAAAAUUUCUUUGGUUGCGGCGAACUU